GUCGCCUUUGUCUCUCAUCUGCUAACCUUGUGGACCACCGGUGAAUUUUGCUAACAAUAUUCCAGAAGGAGGAAAUAACGACGACCCGAGCAGCUCACUGUCUGAAAGGCUUUCUGUUUGUAUCCAAGAAACCCAUCAGAGGAGCUCUGAUGCUCCAGUGAAAACUCUGGUGGCCUCUUGUGAGGAGAAUACACAAAUAACAUCAAGUUUCCAUGGAGACGGUAUCAGCUCUUGGCCUAAAGCGCAGAUUUGAGGAAGUGGACAGUGGCUCACCAUGCUCAACACUCAAAGAAUCAGAUGAUGACGUCUCGAGCAGUGACAGCGUGGAUAGCUGUGACAGUCUCAAUGCCCCCUGCAGCUCCCUCACACCCACCUCCAUUCUUAGGAGGGAAAAAACCUCUCUGGGCCAUAAGCGGGUGCGUUUUGACGCAGUGACAGUUUACUAUUUCUCCAGAAGGCAAGGCUUCACCAGUGUCCCUAGCCAAGGUGGCAGCUCACUGGGAAUGGCACGACAUCACUGUGCUAUACGUCAGUACACACUGGGGGAGUUUGCCCGAGAGCAGGAAAGCAGCCACCGCCACAUUCUACGCCAGCACCUGCGUCAAGAGAAGCUGAAUGCUCGCAAGAUGAAGUUGACGCGGAACGGCACAGUGCAUUGUGCCCAAGCUGACCUGCUGACACUGGAUGAUGUGUCUGAUGAGGAUCUGGACGUGGAGGGUGUCGAGGUGGAUGAUUGUUUCUUCCUACAGCCACUGCCUACCAAGCGGCGACGGGCAUUGUUGCGUGCCUCGGGUAUCGCCCGCAUUGAUGCCCGAGAGAAGAUGGAGCUGCGUGCCAUCCGGCUGUCACGUGAAGAAUGUGGCUGUAACUGUCGCUUCUACUGUGACCCCCACCAGUGUGGCUGCAGCAGAGCCGGCAUCAAGUGCCAGGUGGACCGCAUGUCCUUCCCAUGUGGCUGUUCUCGAGAUGGCUGCCAUAAUGUAGCAGGACGGAUUGAGUUCAACCCCGUCCGUGUUCGCACUCACUUCCUACACACAAUUAUGAAGCUAGACCGGGAGAAGAGACACGUGCUAGGCUCCAAAUCUGGAGAAGAUUGUGGGACAGAAACUGAGCUGAACCCUGGUCCUUCAAGUACCCGCUCUUCCCUGGACUCCGGAGUAGAGAUGAAGAUGGGGCCCUUGAAUGAGCAGGAGCUACUAGAGGAGCACUGCCACAGCCUGGAGCAUGAGAACGAGACAGCUGUGCUCCACCUGCAGAGUGCCGAGGAGCAGGAAAGGAGAAGGGAGCAGGAGGAGGAGGCACACAGAGGGGACGUGCAGAGUCCCAGUCCGGAACUGUGUCUUUUGCAUGAGGAGCUGAGCAGCCAGAAGGAGGUUGAGAGUAUGGUUGAGGUAGACCAAAUGUUCUUUCAUGACACUUUUCCAGGAGGAGCAACCCUGCUAUGCAUCAAGGAGAACCAGGAGGAUGCUCACAGUCUGAAUGAGACAGCUUCUGUCCUCUAUUAUCAGAUAGACCAUGUGGAGACAGCCACAUUUAAGACACAUGACAAGCAAGAAGAGGAGCCCAGAAAAGGUGAAGAGCCCCAAGGUGAACAAGUAGAAGGAGAGGCAAGGAGCAAAUGUCACAAAUCCCAAACCUGCAGGCAGGAUCAGGCUGAGAGCUCUACUUCUGAGAAACCUCCUCCUUCAUUUCCAGAGAGCAUUAAAAAGGCUGAAGAGGACCACUCCAGCUCUGAACAUGGCCCAAGUGGCACAGAUUUUCAAGAGACUUGCCCACUGUUGGAAGAAGAGGCAAUAAAGCUUCCUCCAGAAGUUUAGAGCCUGGCAAUGCUGCAGAUAUUUUGCACAAGAUUUGUAGUGAAGUUCAAGACAGCCAACUCAUAGACUAAGAGAUCUUAACAGUUACUGACAUUGGUUUGUAUUUAGAAAUAAGCAUGCACUAUAUUUGAUGUAGGAUUUUAAAAAAAUUUAUUGAAAAAAAAAAAUAGAAUAACAAAUUAUUCAUAUAUAAUAUAACAUUAAAAAUAAAAACAUAAAGCAGAGAGGGAAGACUUGUACUGGUGGAAAUUGUGGCCUUUAUGCCUUGGAGCAAACAGGAUGGCCCAGGUAAGUCCUUGCAGCUUUGCUGAUGCCUUGAAUUUUCGGUGGAUUGACCCACUGAUCCAUUCAGACUAUUAACCAUAAAUCAGUAGCUUGAAAUGCUCCAUGGGUGUUGAUGGGAUUUCAGUAGUGAAGCUGAACAAGGGCCCCUGAUAGCCACCAUCUUUAUAAAUAGACAUUACUCUGGAAAUACUUGGUUUUUAAGUACUGUAAAAGUGUUUGCUAAGAGCAAGUGACAGGGAAAAGAGAGAAUCAUGCACAUUAAAGACUUAAAGUUAAGCAGCAUGGUAAAUGAUUGUGCAAUUUUUUUGCACAGGUAUUACAUUAUAUGGUUAAACGUUUGGGUACACCUGACCAUCACAUCGAUAUGUGGGCCUUCCCUAAACUGUUUCCACAAAGUUGGAAGCACACAGUUGUUUAGGAUGUCUUUGUAUGUUGUAGUAUUACAAUUUCCCUACACUGGAGCUAAGGGGCCUAGCCCCAACAUGUUCCAGCAUGACCAUGCCCUAUGACAAAUCCAGGUCCAUGAAGACAUGGUUUGGCAAGGUUGGAGUGGAAGAACUCGAGUGACCUGCACAGGGCUCUGACAUCAACCUCACUGAACACAUUUGGUAUGAAUUGCAAUGACGACUGCACCCCAGGCCUCCUUGCCUGGCAUCAGUGCCUGACCUCAUGCAAUGCUCUUGUGGCUGAAUGGACAAAUCUCAACAGCCACACUACAAAGUCAAGUGGAAAGCCUUACCAGAAGAGUGGAGGUUACUAGAAUAGUAAAGGGGAGACUAAAUCUGGAAUGGGAUGUUCAAAAAGCACAUAUGGGUGUGAUAAGCACAUACUGGUGUCCACAAACCUUUGGCCAUAUAGUGUAUUUGCUUGAUAGAAGCUCUUGAUGGAACCAAUCACAGAUCUUAGAGCAAAUGUAUGAACUGGUGCCAAAUUAGCUGUUCAAGAAUCUUUAUUUUGUGAAACUGUUUAUUGGAUGCAAAGAAUAAUGUGAAAUUCUUGGAAGUUAAAAGUGAAGGUUCUGAAACUCAGAUUACAUUUUACCACUAUUAAAACUUGUGUAUAGAAAACAAAUUAAGUAUGAAAGAUCUGUAAUACCACUGUUUUAACAUAUAACUAAAACAUAUUUAAUGUAUUUGUAGUGUAUCUUAUAGCUAACAUGUUUCACAGACUUCAUUUAUCUUAUUAUAAAAUUAAGUUGGGAUACAUAGUCCUUCCAGAUGAGAGCACUGCCUCUUUCAAGUAGUUAACACUCUUUCUUUCAAUAAUUGCUAUAUCCUGGUAAUACAGUGCUAUACACUGGGCAUGAAGUGGGAGCACUCUGGGUGGUGCAUCGCAGAACACCAUAUGUGCAAACACGUUCACACACUCAUUCAUACCUUGGGACAAUUUAGAGUAGCCAAUCCAACUGCAUGCGUGUUUUUGAGAGAACAUGUGACUGUACAGGCAGUAACCCAAGCUCAGGAUCGAACCAAGAUCCUGGAGCUCAGAGAUGGUGAUGAGGUGGCUAACAAAGACUUUGUAAUUAUAUUGUGAAAGUCUUUAGGGUGUAUAAAGUCUAAAUGCUUCAGAUUUGAAUCAUAGUAAAUACUCAUAGCAAAGGGCUGUGAAUUCACAGUUUGGCUGCUAUAAAUAUAUAUUUCACAAAACUUUUUUGAACCCAACAAACUUUUUCAUAGAAGUUGAUGCCUUUGACAUCACUUCACAUUAUCUCUAAGCUCUGUGAUGAUUGUGUCAAGCAUAGUGAUUUAGCGUAGAAUAACACAAAUUUUUAGUCUUUCCAGAGUCAUGAGGGCAAUGGCAACUGUGAUUUCAAUCAUUGGUAAUCAUAAACCUUUUUUGGUUAAUGAGAUUCCAUACAUUUUAUUUGCACACCAAGUCUGUGUGGAUUAAUGAAGGUUUUUUUUUUUUUUUUUUUUUUUUUUUUUUUUGUAUAUGCCACUUGUGUUUACUCCUCUGAUCCUAAAAAAACAGAAAUGUAGGAUGACUAGCCUAUGGAUGACUAGUGUGUAUGGAAACUUGGAAAAGCUAUGACUUAGAAACCAUUGGCUGGGAAACAGGCUAAAUAUGGUGUAGCACUGGAUCAAAACGUUUCAUCGGUUUAAGAUUAUAACAUGGCUUGAAAUUUGUUACUGAUGGCCAAGUGCCAAUAAUAUACUGUAAAUCUGCAGGUCUCCUCAGUGUUGUGCAGUGCUCUAAGCAGAUAAGAGAUUUACAUUUGAGAAAAUAAACUUUCUUACUCUUAUCACAAGAAUAUUAAUUUCUUAUGCCUUGCCUUGUUGGAAUUUGUUGACAAUGACAGCGAAACCUCUACAAUUUCAGUUAAAUUUUAUUUGUAUUAUGCUUUUAAAAGAGACAUUCAGAAAAAGAUUUUAUACGGUAUCAAGUUUUUUUUUGUUGCCCCAAUUCACGCUGGUAAUAUAAAAUAAGAAGUAUUUCAGAUUAGAUUAUGAUGUUAAAUUAUUUAUGUGUAAAAAUGUGUCUCUGUGUACCCUAUACAGAGAAGAAGAAUGGGUGUUACACCAGACAGAAAAUAAGUGUGUGUAUGUGAUAGUUUUUGCAUAUGCAUACAGUGGUGCUUGAAAGUUUGUGAACCUUUUAGAAUUUUCUGUAUUAAUGCAUAAAUAUGCCUUAAAACAUCAUCAGAUUUUCACACAAAUCCUAAAAGCAGAUAAAGAGAACCCAGUUAAACAAAUGAGACAAAAAUAUUAUACUUGGUCAUUUAUUUAUUGAGGAAAAUGAUCCAAUAUCUAUGAGUGGCAAAAGUAUACGAAGUUUUGCUGUCAGUAUCUGGUGACUCCCCCCUUGUGCAUCAGUAAACAUUUCUGAUAAUUGUUAAUCAGUCCUGCACAUCGGCUUGGAGGAGUUUUAGCCGUUCCUCAGUACAGAACAGCUUCAACUCUGGGAUGUUGGUGGGUUUCCUCACAUUAACUGUUUGCUUCAUAUUCUUCCACAACAUUUCUACUGUAUUAAGGUCAGGACUUUGACUUGGACAUUCCAGAGUAUUACAUUUAUUCUUCUUUAACCGUUCUUUGCUAGAAUGACUCGUGUGAUUAGGGUCGUUGUCUUGCUGACCCACUUUCUCUUGAGAUUCAGUUCAUGGACAGAUGUCCUUUCAUUUUGCUUUAGAAUUCACUGGUAUACUUCAGAACUCAUUGUUCCAUCAAUUACUUUAAGUCGUCCAGGCCCAGAUGCAGCAAAACAGGUCCAAACCACGACACUUCAACCACCAUGUUUCACAGGUGGGAUACAGUUCUUCUGCUAAUAUGCAGUGUUUUCCUUUCUCCAAACAUAACACUUCUCAUUUAAUCCAAAAAGUUUUAUUUUGGUCUCAUCCAUCCACAAAACAUUUUUCCAUUAGACUUCUUGCUUGUCUGUGUGAACUUUAGCAAACUGCAGAAGGGCAGCAGUGUUCUAUUUGGAGAGCAGUGACUUUCUCCUUGCAUCCCUGCCAUUCACACCACUGUUGUUCAGUGUUGUCCUGAUGGUGGACUCAUGAACAGUAACAUUAGCCAAUGUGAGAGAGGCCUUUAGUUGCAUAGGAGUUACCCUGGUUUCCUUUGUGUCCUCGUGGACUAUUACACGUCUUGCUCUUGGAGUGAUCUUUGUUGGUCUCCACUCCUCGGGAGGGUAUCAGUGGUCUUGAAUUUCCUCAAUUUGUACACAAUCUGUCUGACUGUGGAUCGGUGGAAUCCAAACUCUUUAGAGAUGGUUUUGUAACCUUUUUUUCAGCCUGAUGAGGAUCAACAACCCUUUUUUUGAGGGUAAACAGAAAUUUCCUUGGUUCAUGCCCUGAUACAUUUCCACAAACGUGUGUUAUGAAGAGAAGACUUUGAUGGAUCCCUGUUCUUUAUAUAAAACAGGGCACUCACUCACACCUGAUUGGAAACACCUGACUCUAAUUUCACCUUCAAAUAACUGCAAGUCCUAGAGGUUCACAUACUUUUGCCACUCAGAGAUAUUCAAUAUUGGAUCAUUUUCCUCAAUAAAUAAAUGAGUAAGUAUAAUAUUUUUGUCUCAUUUGUUUAAUUGGAUUCUCUUUGUUUACUUUCAGGACUUGUGUGAAAAUCAGUUGUUUUAGGUCAUUUAUGCAGAUAUAUGGAAAAUUCUAAACUAUAAAGGGUUCACAAACUUUCAAGCACCACAGUAUGAAUGUGUAUUGAACCUUAUGUUUGUAUGAUGUGUUGUCAUGUUCAUAAAGGUGCUUUUGUGUUAGUUUACAUAUUCGUAUGAAUGCUGUAUAAAGAAUACAUUUCCUGGUCACAGACAGAGAUAAUCAUAUAGCUCUUAAAGCUAUACUACAUUUUAAGCAUUGCUGCAAUCUUUUAUCCACAGGAGGUUUAAUAGUACAAAUUGCUCAGUUUAUUUAUUCUGCUUCAAUUAUCCAUUGCUAUGCAUGGAUAAUAGUGAGUCUUUAUUUAAUUUUACUACUCAGUACUCACUGUUGAGUAACUUGACUGAAUAUCAUGACCUUUUGUGAUCAUAUAGAAAUCUCACAACAGCUUCUCAACACUGUAUUGAGCCAAGCAUAACAUUUUAGGCAAAAACUGCAAUAAUAAUCAUUUUGCAAAUCAUAAGAGAAAGUAUAUUUGCUAGGUACUGUGUUUUUGUUGUGUUUUGUACUUUACUGUGUAUCUUAUAUUUGUACAUGUGACUGAUUCAAUGUUCAGACUCAUUGUGUGUACAAUCUUUAUCACAUUGAAGUGUCACACAACUAUGCGAAAGUGAUGCACCUAGGCCUGAAAUUGAUGAAUUACACUGAAGAUGUGAAGUGGUAUAGGUAUAUAUACCUGCUAUAGACCAAACCACAAUGCACUGGGGGAUGGGGAAGUGGGGCGUGAGGGAGGCUGGGGGGAGGUGGAGUCAGUUUGGUAUGUGUUGUUUUUUUUUUGUUGUUGUUUUCCCCCACACCUUUAUCUGUUAUCUUGAUGUAAAAUUAACGACAACAGUGGUCUCAAACAUGGCUUAGAGAAGAGACAUCACUUAUGUUUGGAGAUGUGGAAAGAUUUCAUUUUAUGUUCCCUUGAUGUUCAUGUUAUUUUUGCUUCCUUUCUUUUUGACUUGCUCAGUUUUGGGACCACUGCACUAAAUAAAAUUGUGUGUGUGUGUGUGUGUGUGUGUGUGUGUGUGUGUGUGUGUGUGUGUGUGUGUGUGUGUGUGUGUGUGAGUGUGAAAGAGAGAGCAACAGCAUGUGUGUCUGCUGACAUGUUCUAAAGAUGCUUGAUAAAAUAAAAAAAACUGAUUGAGAUUGGAGUUAAUAGCUGCAAGACACUAAUACUAACUGUUGCCUAAGGAACAGGAAAAAUGCCCAUUUUAUAUGAAAAUGUGACAAAUAAAGUAAAAUGAAUUUAAAAAUUGUUGUUCAUCCAUUAUUCUCAGUACAGUCCCUUUCAUACAUUUUGUUUGUACCAAUAAUUUUGACUGAGAGGUGGUUUGUAUGUGUCAUAUCACUAAUUGGUUUUGACAGAACUAGGUCAGAGGUCAUGAAUUAAGUGUUUGAUAACAUAUGUUAACAGGUGUAGGUCAAAGGUUAAUGGUGAUAGUACUGUUCCCACACCCACACAUAUAUAACUUCCAUCUGUU